AUGUUCAUAAAACAUACCCUUAACGGAGAAUUUCUUGAGGUAAAUGUGGGUAAAAGAGGAUCUCGGCUGGGAAGUCAACGAACCCUGACAGAUUUGAGAAGAAAAUACAAUGGACCUCUAGCACUGAAUGACAAGAAGAUCAAAGAUCUAAAAAAGCUUCUAAAAUAUAUCCCGCCGAUUAGUCAGCAGUUUUUUGUUGAUAUUGUAGGAAAUACAAUUGAAGCAGAGCCAGGCAGUGAACAGCCGAAGGAAUGA